UUUGGAGAGCGUCAUGCCACUACGGGAGCAGAAGAUGCUCGGUGUGUUCCUUAGACUAUCACCGCCGAGGUUUUCUGGGGCAGUGGGGGAGGAUGCCCACGAGUUUCUAGUUACUUGCCGCGAGCGGCUACAGACUUUGGGUUUAGUGGAGUCGAGAGGGGCAGACUUCACCGCUUACCAGUUAGACGGUCCCGCCAGGCAGUGGUGGCGUACAUACUUAGAGACCAGGCCAGCUGGGUCUCCACCGGUCACAUGGACUGAGUUUUCAGAGGCCUUCUUGGCCCGAUUUAUUCCCAGGAGCAUCAGAGAUCAGCUCAGAGAUCAGUUUGCUCGGUUAGAGCAGGGCUCCAUGACAGUAUCAGAGUAUGAGGCCCGAUUCCACGAGCUCUCCAGGCAUGCCGCCAUGAUAUUACCUACU